AUGGCAUUUGGCAUCCUCGAGAUUGCGGCGAACCAGCCCUCACCCCCUGGUACAGCGCUCCUCAAAAAUGUGUCUCCGUCUGCUUCGCCAGCUGAUCCCCUGAACAUGUCACGGAUCCGCAAAGAGCUGUACUUUGCCGCUCUCAUCUAUGGGGCCUGUGUGACUGGUGUCGUCGGUCCAGUGCUGGUCCCAGUCUUCUCCAUCGUCGCCGCCGCCUUUCAGAUCAACCUGACUCAGGUGACGCUCCUCAAUGGAUCUCUGGUCAUGGCUCUAGGGGUUAGCGCCUACGUCUGCGGCCCUCUAACCACCCUUUGGGGUCGGCGGCUAGUCUUUCUGUUUACAACGCUCAUUAUGGUCUUUGGUUGCGUCUGGGCUGGAAGCGCCAAGUCCUAUAACAGCCUCCUGGGUGCUCGUAUUUUCCAGGGGCUCGGUAUGGGCACCUUCUUCUCUGUCGCCGGCACAGCAUCCAUCAACGACGUCUUCUUCAUUCACCAACGUGGUAGUCGUGCUGGACUCUGGAACUUUGCCGUCAUCGUUUCAGUCAACGCAGCCCCAGUCAUCAGUGGCUAUGUCAUAACCGGCCUCUCCUGGCAGUGGAGCUUCCGUCUGCUAGCGAUCUCGUUCGCCCUCGCCUUUGUCUUCAGCUUCUUUCUUAUGCCUGAGACACUGUUCGACCGUGACUCGGUUGUUACCGGUGUCGAACCUUCUAUCUUUGUCUCGGGCCAUCUUGAAGCAAAGAGGCCGGAUAGUCCAGCGCCUGGGACGCUAGGCUCUGUCGGAGAUCAUGUUCAGAUGCAGCCCGUCACUCAGCUCAUCCCCAUUCUUCUCCGUCCCCUGGGCCUUCCCCGGCACCCGGCUAUCGUCUGGGCGUGCGCAAUGUGGUCUGUCACCUACAGUUGGGUCAUUAUCCAGGGUGCCGUGGCCGACCAGAUCUUUAGGGCUCCCCCCUAUAAUCUGUCCCCAACAUCCGUAGGUCUCCUCAUCGGCAUUGCCCCUCUGGUUGGGUCUGCUAUCGGGACCAUUCUGGGUGGUUGGAUGUGCGAUUGGGUGGCGCAGCUUAUGGUCAAACGAAAUGACGGUGUCUACGAGCCUGAGUUCCGGCUGGUAGUGUUCGUACCUACCCUGAUCACCAUUAUCAUUGGCUCAUUCGGCCUGGGCAUGGCUAUUGCAGGUGGUUUAUCUAUCUGGGUCUGUGCCGUCUUUCUGGGGUUCCUGAACUUUGGUGUUGGCGUAGGCUGUACUGGCAUUGUUGCGUACUCAAACGAUGUUUGCCAGCAUAGGGCUGCGGAUGCCUUUGGCGUGACCAUGCUUGUCAAGAGUGCCUUUGCUUUUGGUCUCACUUUUAUGUUGAAUGAUUACUACGCUGAGCAUGGUGCGAAGGCUUUCUUCUUCACAUGGGGCGCACUUACGUCUGGCACCAUUCUGACAACAAUCCCGCUGUAUAUUUUUGGGAAGCAAAUCCGAGCUUCUGUCAAGAUAUGA